AUGAAUGGAAAUGUUUCCGAAUGGUAUAACGAAUGCGACAAUGCCAUUAGAAGGUCAGAAAUAGUUCCUGGAACUUACGAAUAUACAACUGCUGUUUCUUAUGGAAACGUAGGUGAGUUUGGAGAAGGUUCUUCAACAACAGUAGAUAUUGCUUGCGACAGGUUUCAUAUUAUUUCUAUUGACAACUCUUUCUUAUACGUGGAACAAGACAUUGAAAUAAAACCUUCUGCCAAGUUGUCUGACAAGAAAGGUUGCAAUGGAAUUUUCUAUGUCGGAUACCAAUAUGCUCCAGAAGUUUUCAUGGGAUAUAAGAUAUAUUCUAACUCUGACUUAGUUCAAACAGUAACAUGGGCAAACUAUGAAUGGUUCGCUUUGAGAAACUCAGUACAACCACAAGCUAGAGAACAAACAGACCAGUAUGCAACUAUUGAGAAAAUAAGAAGACUUGACCCUAACGUUCCAGGAGUUUAUGUUGACCUUUCUGGACAAACUGCAGCAGCAGUAACCAAAGUAAAAUUGAAACUUAGAGUUCCUUUGUCAUCUUUCCUCAUCUUCAGGUUUUUAAGAUACUUGCCAAACUGGGCAGGAAAAAUUUCUAUCGAACUUACUCCAAGCAAAAAUAACUUAGUCAUUGCACCAACACAAGACCCAUUCACUCUUACAGACGUAAAGGGAGCAAAUCAAACGUCAUUCGCCGAAUUUUGCAAAGACAAAGUUGACUUAGACUUUGGUUUCUCAAACCUCAACACUGAAGUAAACUACUACUUCAAUGCUGCUGGAACUGCUUGGGACCCAGUUAAGUUCACAUGCGAAAAGUUUGAAUGCAAGAGAAUAGAAAGCAGACUUGCA